AUGGACCAGGACUCCAACAUGGCCCAAACCAGCGCCUAUGGUGGCGACAACUGGGUCAACUUAAGCCCGUACAGCCAGAGCCCGUAUGAUAACAGCCCUAUGAACGAAUAUGCAGGCUUUGGAUUUGUCACUCACGCUGACAAAUCCAACGCCAACAUCGUCCGCAGGCAGCUAUUCCGCGGCAGCGAUGUCUAUUACGCCUGCGUCCAGCGGCUCGUCUUCAACACCUGCUCCGUCCGCUUCAAUGACGCCAACAACGACUACCGCAAAGCCUAA